CCGGGGGCGACGCGGUGACGUCACGGGCGUGCGUCGCCGCGCGCGCGGGAGCGGGACAAGAUGGCGGCGGGGCCGAUCUCGGAGAGGAACCAGGAUGCCACGGUGUACGUGGGAGGCCUGGACGAGAAGGUCAGCGAGCCCCUGCUCUGGGAGCUCUUCCUGCAGGCCGGGCCCGUGGUCAACACGCACAUGCCCAAGGACCGGGUCACGGGCCAGCAUCAGGGGUACGGGUUCGUGGAGUUCCUCAGCGAGGAGGACGCCGACUACGCCAUCAAGAUCAUGAACAUGAUCAAGCUCUACGGGAAACCCAUCCGAGUGAACAAGGCCUCGGCCCACAACAAGAACCUGGACGUGGGCGCCAACAUCUUCAUCGGCAACCUGGACCCCGAGAUCGACGAAAAGCUGCUCUACGACACCUUCAGCGCCUUCGGGGUCAUCCUGCAGACCCCCAAGAUCAUGCGGGACCCCGACACGGGCAACUCCAAGGGCUACGCCUUCAUCAACUUCGCCAGCUUCGACGCGUCGGACGCGGCCAUCGAGGCCAUGAACGGGCAGUACCUGUGCAACCGGCCCAUCACCGUGUCCUACGCCUUCAAGAAGGACUCCAAGGGCGAGCGGCACGGCUCGGCCGCCGAGCGGCUGCUGGCGGCGCAGAACCCGCUGUCGCAGGCCGACCGCCCCCACCAGCUCUUCGCCGACGCCCCCCCGCCCCCCUCGGUGCCCACGCCCGUGGUCACCGCGCUGGGGCCCGGCGUCACCCCCCCAGGCCUGCCUCCCCCUGGCUCGUUCCCGCCGCCGGUGCCGCCGCCCGGGGCGCUGCCCCCCGGGAUGCCCCCGGCCAUGCCCCCCCCGCCGAUGCCACCGGGUGCUGGAGCCCCUGGACCCCCCUCGGGGGCUGCCCCGGCAGGGGGGCACCCACCCCACCCACACCCCUUCCCACCCGGCGGGAUGCACCACCCAGGUAUGGAUCCGGACUUGGCUGGGCCCCAGGAGGGGAAGCUGUGA